GGAAACCGAAAGGGCCGAGCUCGGGACGCGGCGCCGAGCUUGAUUCACCUUCACCCCUGCGGCGCGUCCGCCGAGCCUCAGGCGAAUCCCGGCGAGCAGUAAACCAUGAACGGGAGAGUGGAUUAUUUGGUCACGGAGGAAGAAAUCAGUCUUACUAGAGGACCCUUAGGGCUGGGCUUCAACAUCGUCGGUGGGACAGAUCAGCAGUAUGUCUCCAAUGACAGUGGCAUCUACGUCAGCCGAAUCAAAGAGAAUGGGGCUGCAGCCCAGGAUGGGCGGCUCCAGGAGGGUGAUAAGAUCCUCUCGGUAAAUGGCCAAGACCUAAAGAACCUACUGCACCAGGAUGCUGUGGACCUCUUUCGUAAUGCAGGCUAUGCUGUGUCCCUGAGAGUACAGCACCGGUUACAGGUGCAGAAUGGACCUAUAGGACAUCGAGGUGAAGGGGAGCCAAAUAGUAUUCCUGUAGCUGUGAUGCUGUUGCCAGUGUUUGCUCUCACUAUGGUAGCAGCCUGGGCCUUCAUGAAAUACCGACAACAGCUUUGAAAGACUUGCUUCCUGCCAGUGCUCCCAGUGAACUUAUGCUUCUCUUACCCUCCUUCCCUGCUGUUCUUCCAUAUCUUUCCCCCUUCUCUGCAUAACCAACACAUUAUUGAAAGUGACUUGAUUCCUACCUAGAACCUUGCUGUUCAAAUCUCCAAAUGUUUAUAUUCUGAUGGGAGAGUAAAGAUAUUCUUUGAAGGAAAGCUGAACAUAAGCUAAGACUUGUUUAGAACAAAUGAGGAAUUACAUAUUUUAAUAGGACUGCCAAUAAAAAUUCAGCUACUAUCCAAAGAGGGAACGAUCCCGUCUUCCUGCCACCAUGGAUUACACAGUUGUUCUUAACUGGCAUAGAAGGCCAGAUUAUUACAUGAGAGGAAGAGGAUUUUUUACUUAAUGAUCUUCCUUGGGAAGUGUUUGUGGCCUUUAUUAAUACUUUCUAACUACGUUCUUGAGUGCCUAUAUUGGACACAGGAGAAUAAGAAGAGCUUUUUACUUUUUAAAAAAGCAAAUGACAAGGUAUACAUACACACAUUUGUAUGUGACAGUAUAAUAUUGAUGCCUUAUGGAGAAUUAAAGAGGUGAGGAAACUGCUUUGGUUUCUGAUCUAAGAGGUGAUCCUAACUGAAGAACUUUUAAAGAUCUGUUUUGUAGAGCAUACAUAGUGGGGAUGAGGGAGCUUUUAAGAGGGUGCUCAAGAGUCAGAAAGGUAAUUAGCAGAACAUUUUUUUCAUAAUACCUAUGAUGAUAUUGAGGUAAAUUAUAAAAUAGCUCUGUUCAAGUUGAUUAUUCAAAAAACUUUGAGCUAUUCAGAUAAAUUUUGUCAAGCUCUGUGCUACCUGAUGGCUUUUGUGGUGCCUCAUUGUGACAGGAUACCCUAGUGCUGAGAUGGCUAUGGCCAGGGCUGAAGUAAUGGGGCCAAACCAAACCAGCAGACAACAAAAGAAAAGACUGAGCCUCAGGUGGCAUCUGAAUCCCUGUAGGCUUCUGACCAUUCUCUGAUUUCGAGCAGGAUAGAGAAGAAAUCAGCUCUGCUUCUCAGUUAAGCUGAAAAGGCCUGGAUUACUAUUUUUUCAAAGGCUCUAAAUACUAGUUAUGGUUUUUAUUACUUAGUGAAUAAACUUGUUUUUCUCAGAGGAAGGAAGGAAAUGAGUUUUGUUUUAGGGAAGGGGGAUUUGUUGGGUGUUUUCUGGGGAAGUCUGGGAAGGAGAAUGCAUGUGAAUGGACUUUAGGAGAUCCAGGGAUGCUGGUGAGGUAGGAACCAUCCUGUUCUUGUACUUAAGUUGGUUUUGAAGCACUGAGGAUAGUUGAACCAAGACUAAUUUUCUGGGUUUAAGAAAAUCCUUUCUAUCCUCAAAAUAACUUGGCCAGAUUGUAUGGCUUACAUAUUUCAACCUAAUAUUGUCUAGACUAUGCCUGAGGCAAUCAGUUAGAUCAAUUUUAGCAUAGACAAUCUAGCUGUUAUUUAAUAAAUACUGAUUGGACAUGGGAUUUGUCAAGACACUUUUGCAAACUUUCAUCCCAAAAGUAUGUUUUGUUCCAGUUGGGAGGAAACACUUUACAUUGAAUUGGCCAAUAAAUAGGGCAUUGUAAGUCGGUGUCAAGUUUAUAUUACAGACCGCAAAAGAGAAGUUUUUGAAAAUUGGGGCACUUCCGUGGCAGAAGUAUACAAUGAAAAACAGGAGGUUGUAGUCAAGAGAAUUCAUAAAGUAAGUGAAAGUAUAUCAUCAGGGUAAGUAAUAAUUAAAAAUAGUAUAAAUGGUAACAUGCAGAAUACAAUGCAGGAACAAGAAGAUAGAUGAUCACCACCACAGUUUUUUAAUUUAGAAAAUAAAAACUAUCACAUAAGAGCAUUGUUAUAAGAGAAAAAUGUUACCUCUGAGUCGACCGUUAGAUAGGGAAAAACUUUUAUAAACAACCGUGACACAUUACCUUAUGCGUUUCAACCUGAACUGGACAGUGGGUUUCUUGAGACUUGUUUAGAUAGCAACUCAUUAUAGAAAUACCAACAGUAUUCCAGUUCUUGUUUCAGCCAGCUCCAUUGAAGGCUCAAUCUUUGGUAUGCUCCUUAUAUCUGAUGGCAUAUGCAGCAGUUUCUGCCUUAAACCUGCUUACCUUCCAGGUUUGGACAUUAAAUUUUAAAAGACCUUGAGAUAUACAAAGCAAAGCAAAUGACAAGCAGGAGGGAAAGCUAUUUCCUCUUUUGUUUAGUCAUAUCUAUAAGCUGGAAAACACCUGUCUCAUCAUUGAUAGAAACUUAGCUUUGGUUAAUAAUGGGGAUUCUGAUGCACUUAAAUAAUUUAGGUUUUCUUGAAAAUUAAAUCGCAUUUAAAGACCAAUAUAUUGAAGUUUUAGGCACAUUGAAGUGUUAUGUACCUUCUUUUGAUUCUGUGGAAAACUAAAAUUACAGAUGAGGUAUCUGAAUCCAUUACAGGUUGUAAAA